AUUUGCUGUCACGACUCACGAGUCUAUUUUAGAUCUCAUUGGUUUCUGUACGUACUUAUGACAAAUUAUACCAACGCAGAAGUUCGUCAAAAGUAAAUACCAAACACACACAGAAAAAGAGAAAGAAACAAAACACAGCUAUGGAUACCAUAAAGCGCAGAACGGUGGAAGUCAACGGCAUAAAGAUGCACGUGGCGGAGAAAGGAGAAGGCCCGGUGGUUCUUUUCCUGCACGGCUUCCCGGAGCUGUGGUACUCGUGGCGCCACCAGAUACUUGGCCUCAGCUCCCUGGGCUACCGCACCAUAGCCCCAGACCUGCGGGGCUAUGGCGACACGGAAGCACCGGGGUCGGUGACGAGCUACACGUGCUUCCACCUGGUGGGUGAUGUGGUAGCUCUGAUUGAUUCUCUUGGCGUAGAGAAAGUGUUUGUGGUCGGACAUGAUUGGGGGGCCAUCAUCGGUUGGUACCUCUGCUUGUUCCGACCAGACAGAGUUAAGGCUUAUGUUUGCCUCAGUGUCCCUUUCCGACCGUUUCUUGGAAGAGACCCAAAAAUCAAGACGGUUGACGCUUUCCGAGCCGCAUGUGGAGAUGAUUUUUACAUAUGCAGGUUCCAGGAACCAGAGAAGAUGGAAUCUGAGUUUGCUCGAGUUGACACAGCUUAUCUGUUCAAGAACAUACUUACAACCCGCUUAACUGAAGCCCCAAUAUUUCCAAAGGGAGAAUACGGAAAUGGUUUUAAUCCAAAUCCUCAAGAGACAUUACCCUCUUGGCUCUCAGAACAAGAUAUUGCUUAUUAUGUCUCUAAAUUUGAGAACACAGGCUUCACUGGAGCUAUAAACUACUAUAGAAAUCUCAACAUAAACUGGGAACUAACAGCACCAUGGACCGGGGUAGGAAUCAGCAAUGUGCCAGUGAAGUUCAUCAUAGGUAGUGUGGAUUUGGUGUACAAUUUCCCAGGGGUGAAAGAGUAUAUUCACAACGGUGGUUUCAAGAAAGACGUGCCUAAUUUAGAGGAAGUGGUUGUGCAAAACGGAGUGGCUCACUUCAAUAAUCAAGAAGCAGCAGAGGAUGUGAACAACCACAUUUACCAGUUUAUUAACAAGUUCUAGUCUUGAACCAUUCAUCUGGUUCAUACUUGAUGUUUAGACUUUAGAUACAUUUUCUGAUGCUUUCUUGAAUAAGUUGUGAUUGCCAGUUACGUUUGCAUUGGCAACCUCUUUGCUUUUA